UGGAGUGGCGAGUUAAUUCAGAACAGAGGGAGAGGGAGGGGGGAGAGAGGGAGUGAAGUUUGGAAUAUCGGAUGGAAAAAAAGGAGGAAGAAAAGAGACAUGAAGCUGGGCCCAGAGAAGGAGAGGAAGAGAGAGGCAUCGUCACAGAAAGCAGCACGAAGGCAGAACGAGGUGAGAGGAUACGGGGGGAGGAGGUGUGACACCAGGGAGGAGAGGAAGAGAGAAGCCUGGAGGGAAAGAGAAGAAAGGACGAACGAGAGAGGCAAAGAGAGGCGGAUCGGGAAACUUGGCUGAAAGAAGUGCUGAAACGCUGGCAGACAGGGCUUGCAAGGGAACAAGUGAAAGAGGCGAGCAGGCAGGCGGGAGACGAUGUCGGGAAUUUGGAGAGAAAUAAAUACAGGGAGUGAUAGGGAGAUAAAGAUAGGGUAGAGGCAGGGAGAGAAUGACAGACUGAGGAAAGAGGGAGGGAUGAGUGGAGGGAGGUGUCUUGCUCUCUCUCUCUCUGCUGCACGUGUGGGGCUGGUGUUUGCACGGAGAGGGAGGGCAGAGGGGGGGGGGGAUAGGCUGGGUAUUUAAGAGCUGAGCAGGACAGCGCAGACAGGCUCUCAACUCCCAGCUACUGGAGGGAGAGAGGAAGGAGGCAGUGACAAGCCAGACUCACUCUUUCGGUCGGUCAGUCAGUCAGGGAGCCAGCCUGCGAGUGGGGAGAAGAGGCAGGCUAGUCAGUGCCAGCCAGCACUUCAAGCCAGCUUGGGCUGCAAACUCACUCCGACCCAGUCAGCUGUAGGCAUCCCUACUCUCUCCGGCGAGCCAACUCUUGUCUGUGUGGGGCUCUCCCUCGGUCCCUCUUGGGGGACUCUGCCUUCCUUCCACCCCAGCACACCUCUCUCUCCCUCUCCCUCGUUCUGUGUGGGGUGCGCCGCGUGUCUCUCCUGGGGGGAUGGCGCUCUUAGCCCCGGGGGCAGCCCUGACUUACACCCUCCUGGCCCUGGCGCUGGGGAGGAGCCAUGCGGAUUUGGGGACCCCCCCUGCAGGCUUCUACCCCCGUUUCAACCCCUUCUUCUUCCUGUGCACGCAUCACGGGGAGCUGGAGGGGGGCAUAGACUCGGGAGAGGUGCUGAUCACGUUGCAGAUCGCCGGGAACCCCACCACGUACAUUCCGGGACACGAGUACCAUGUAACGAUCUCCACCAGCACCUACUUCGAUGGCCUGCUGGUCACGGGACUCUACACCUCCAACACUCUCCAGUCAGCUCCCAUUCCCGCCCCAGCAGCCUUUGGAUUCGUAGUGGGUAUCUCAUUCAGUAUGAAGUCACCUCCAUGAUGCCGUGAUGCAGACCUCAUGUCAAGGUCAACGUCCCCUUGUUACAGGAAGUUUUAGGAAGCCCUGCAAAUAUCCCGAGAGAAGACCAGAGCUUGUGCUCUAGACAGGAAGAUGUGGCUACAUUCAUCCCACUUGUACCUGUACCUAGCUUCACCAACACCAUGUUCACCAAGCAUGCACACGAGACAAGAGAAAAAAGGCUGUAAUUUUUAUUGUGCAUAACAAGCAGAGCAGCAGCAUUCUGAAUAAAUCUUCCGGUUAGAAUAA